UUGAGGCUGAGCACACAGCUGGUAGGGCGAGCACACAGCGGACUGUAUAAAGUGCAAAACCCUUCGCAAUGGCUGGCAGAGGAAAUCCUACCAGCUUUCUGGACAGGGAAAUUCGAAUGGUACUUGUUGGAAGGACUGGAGCUGGUAAAAGUGCAACAGGGAAUACAAUAAUUGGAACUGGAAAGUUGGCACAGAUAUUUAAAUCGUUAUCAAAGGCAGUGUCUGUUACAAGGACAUGCAAACAGCAUUCCUUUAAACGCUUUGGGUACGACUUGCAACUUGUUGACGUCCCAGGAUUUUGUGACACAAGCAGAUCACAUGAAGACAUCAGGCAAGAGGUCAUGAAAUGUGUGGGGAUGUCUUCUCCUGGAAUACACGCCAUUCUUUUCAUCGUUAGAAUUGGUAGGAUGGAUGAAGUAGACAGAAAUACACUGGAAAGGUUCCUGCAAUGCUUUGGAGAAGAAGCUAAAAGAUUCGUCAUUGUUAUAUUUACUGGAAAAGAUGACUUGGAGGAGGACGGUGAAACUAUUGACCACUACUUAUGUGAUUGCCCAGUGAAACUGAAGCUUUUUUUAUUUGAUGCAAGUCUUCGUUUUAUGGCUAUCAACAACAGAGGGACGGAUGAAGAAAAGGAGACAUUCACCAAAGAACUGAUAGUCAAGAUAAAACGCAUGGUUGAUGAAAAUGGCAGUCAGUGCUACACAAAUGAGAUGUACGAGAGAUGUGAAGCUGAUCUUAAAGAAGCUGGAAAAAGAGAAAAACUUGAAGGGAAGAGGCAGCAGGAAUUCGAGGAUAAACUUAAACAAGAAGCUGCUGCCUUUGAAGAACAGUUACAGAGUCAUCGUCUUCAAAUGCAAGAAAUGGAGAAAAAACUGAAACAAGAACGAAAAUCAAGGGAACAAAAAGAUGAUGAGCAGUUGAAAGAACGUCUUAAAGCCGUAGAACUGAGGCAAAAGGAAGAAGAGGAAAAGAAAUGUUUGGAAGAAGAAAAGAAACGACAGGCAGAACAAAAGGAAGCUCAGGAAAACACGAGAAGAGAGCUUGAGAGAAUAAAAGAUAUCCAGAGAAUACAGAUGGAAGACUUUGAGCGUAGGAAAGAAGAACUGCAUCUUGAAGAGAUCCGUAAACAAAUUCGAGAGAAGAUAGAAGAAGGCAACAUGGGUUUCAUACGAACUGCUUGGCAAUCAGUAAAGAAUGUUGUGUCUACACUUUGGUAAUGACAGCUAUGUCAGAAAGAACAGCAAGAUAUAUCAAGUAUCUCAUUGCUCAGUUUCCACGUGUGCGAUUAUUGCGGGAGAUAUGAAAAAUGUGUUUUCCCGCCUAUGUGGAAAUUGACCCAUGAGAGCUGUCUCCGAGUCAAUCAGAGAAUUACGGAAACUGUCGAUGUUUACCAAAGAGAGGCCAGACGUUUGGUCAAAGCAAAGGGUAGUGCUAAUGCGAGGGUCAGUGGUCAAAUAUGAAAUGCAGGCAGACAUAUUGAAUACGAUGAGCAGAAAGGUAAAAGAAUUACCUAUAGGCUCAGUACAAUGUUCUUGUGAAAAACGUAAGGUUUGAUUGAACCGCACGUUAAGAUAGUCGGGCUGUCCGGUUUUCGAUCCAUUUUUUAGCAUCGGGAGUGUCACCCGUUGUGUAUGCUAUUAAUGAGGGUAGCGAUAGAAUUUUCAAAAAAAUCUUUAUUUAUUCACUGACUUUGUUCAAAUUUGAAAUGUAUAUUAAUCAUAACAUAUACAAGCAAUAUAUGAGUGGAAAAUUAUAUAUUUGUAUUAUAAAGAAAUUAUCGUCCAAACACUGAUUCGAACCCCUGUGCUGUCUUUUCUCUGACGUUAAGUAACCUUUCGUUCAACAAAACAAUCUGUUAUCGGUUCAUUCGCUCCAUUUUACCAUUUUAGGGUUGGAAUCAUCUCCUCGUCUGAAGCUGCAGGAAAUGUUUAGUCUCAGAAAUGAGGAAAAGAGUUGAAACAUAAGUGACUGCUACAGUUCCCUAUUUUAAGUUGUACCAGAUAUUCCUGUCUUUACAGGUUAAAGUGUUCUAGCCUUUGCUUGUGUUUGCGAAUGGAGCAUUGUGAUACAGAAUUCGCUCACGAUUUUCGUGAACACGUGUUCUUGUUUAUUUGUAUGUUUUGUUUGUUUGUGUAGCGUCGCACUCGCUAAUAUCACCAGGUGAUUAUAGGAUGUUCAUAAUCGUGUUAAACCAGACAUUUUAUGUCUAAAUCAAGCAGCAGUCCAGAUCCGGGUUAGAUUUGGUCUUCAGCAACACAUGCUUGCUGCACGAGCCGACUAACUGACAAGCUCAAUGACUGGGCUGACGCAUAUUGAGUAGAUCGUUGCGCAUGUUAGUUGCUGUGUGUGUGUUUGUUUGUUUGUGCGUGCGUGCGUGUGUGUGAAUUAUCUGGGUAUCGCUGGGCGUUUCAUUGUCCUGAAAGACCUUACAUUUGUUUAGUACUUGGCUAAUGUGAAUUAUGUGUAGCUUGGUGUGUACACAAAACCUUCUGGAGGAGACAGAAGUCGUUAUCAAUAACCGUUUGACAUGUUCUGCAACUGUUCCUUGUAAAAUGUACCUUUUCGUCUGUGUCGUCUGCCUUUUAGCCCUUUUGCCAAGGCUUUGCAUUAGACGUAGCUCAGUUGUAGCUAGAUCUGUAGAAGAUGUGAUAUACUAUCUUCUGGAUUUUUGUGUCUCAUGAUAGACUCUUGUCUUAGAAACAAUAUGAGAAAGGGACGGACACUACAGACUAGCAAAUCACCGGAUUAACCGUGGAAGACUUACGAGGCAGAUGAGACUUCAGACGGUCAGACUCGGUGUGCAACUGAAAGAGAAUAAUCUGCUACGCACUCAAAACUGUGCUCUUUUUUCUUAUUUUCCCCCUGUGAUUACAGAGCAUUCUUGGAGACAUGACAAACUAAAAGAAUUAACUAUAUAAAUUUCCAGGAUCGAUGUGAAACCAGGAAGUGUGACCAACUCAUGACAAGGAUCAAACUGGAAAUAAAGUGACACGAACAGCAAAAAACACAAGAAGAACUUGUGUUUGUAUUGCGGACCUAAAUGUGAACACUCAACACGGAUUUACCUCAUUGAAGCGUUGGUAAAUAUACCAACUUUCUACUCUCUUGUAAAUCAUGAAAAUAAUGCCUAACUGUGUACGCCCUGACCAGUCAGUAUAUCUCUAACACUUUUAGGCUGUAAUGUACACCACUAUUUUAUCUAAUAGAAAUGGGUUCUUUGUUAUACUAUGGAUAAAACAGUAUCAGUUUAUUGUAUGAUACAAGCCAGAUGUUCCGUCAAUUCAUAACCCUACAAAUUUAUAUGUACGUCUUAAAACUAAUUCCGUGGACAAGAAGCUUUAUUUCUCUCGAUUUUAUUAUUCAGUUAGCACCAUAUGAUGAUAUCAAUAGUGUAUAAAGUAGCCUCAUGCUGUUUAAUACAGACCAAAGGCUAUGUGCUACAUUAGUCUGAUGUUCAGAUGAUGCAGGAUAACUAAAACUUUCCAUACCUCUCGUAAAGAAUCCUUUCGUCGUUGGGAAAUAUUACCUUUUGUUUCAUGAUUUAGCUUGUAUUAUAUCAGCGCACCAUUAGAGUAUAAAGUUGCUUCAUAGUGCUCAAUAUAUACUUGAUGCACUGCCUUACACAAGCCAGUCGAUACAUCGAUCCAUGAUACAACCUUCUAUGUCGUUUCGUAAAGGAAUUCUUGUUGCUAAGAAACAUCUUUCUCUUGGCUAUAUAGCGCUGCUUCAUACUGCGUAGUAUAUACAUCACUAAACUAAUGGUGUAGUUAAGAAGUAUUAUCUCCCUUGUUUCAUGACACAGUUUGUAUUAUAUCAUGCUACCAGCAGUGCAUAAAGCUGCUUCAUGCCGUGUAAUUCAGACCAUAGGUUUUUGCAUGGUAUAAGCCAGAUGUUCCGUUGACGUAUAAAAAUUAGAAUCCUUUAUAAAUUGUGCAAAACUAAUUCAGUGGAUAGGCAGUAUUGCUAUACCACAGUACUAAUUCUAUGUAAUGUUGUUACACAUUGUUUAAUAGAGGCUGUAAAACUCUCUUUGAAAAAUGUUGAAUGUAGGAGCGCGAGUAACAUCCCAGUAUGGAGGAAAUCGCCCACCACCUUUUUUCAGUUUCAUUGUUUAUGCUUUCAUUACACCUUUACACAGCUAUACAUGAAAAAACAAAAUUAUUUUUAUCGUAAAAUGUUAAAUUAUAAUGAUAAGUCUCUCAAAGUUGCAAAAUGGGAUCCAGAAUUGACAUAGUAUUUGCUAAUUGCAGAGGCCUAGCUGACAAAAUGAAACGUAAGGGAAUCAUGAGACUGUACGGAAAAGAAAUUUCUCAAUAAUAUGUCUCCAAGACAUCGAUAUAUCUAAGAAUGAUGCAAAUUCUGUGGGGAAUGAAUGGGGAACAAAAAUAUUAUCGCUCCUUACUCAUCGUGCAGUAGCUAUUCUUUUAAUAACAAAGUAGAAAUAGAAAUUCAUUGUGAUAAAGUUGACAAAAAUGAAAACUUAUCGUAACCGACUGUACGAUUGACACCAUAAGGACAACAAUUGCUAAUAUAUAUGGUCCUAACCAUGAUGAUAUAAAAUUUUAUGAAAACUUGUUUACUGAUAUAGAUAACUUUGAAAAUGAUUCCUUAAUCUUAUGUGGAGAAUGGAACCUUGAUCCUAACCUGGACCUGGAAAACUAUAAGAAUAUCAAUAACCCCAAAGCACGGAAGUAUGUCUUAGAAAAAAUAGAAAAAUAUAACCUAAGUGAUGCUUGGCGGCCAACAAAUGGUAAGAAAAAUAUAUACAUGGUAGCGGAAGAACCUUAGACAACAGGCUCGUCUCGAUUUUUUCUUAGCAUCAGAAAAUAUCUUUAAUAUAACUCUGGAGUCUUAUCAUCCCUGGAUACAAAUCUGACCAUUCGGCCAUCACACUAUCAUUCUCAAAUAACCUUAGCAAACAAAGAGGAAAAGGAUGCUGGAAAUUUAAUGCCUCGCUGUUAUACCAUAAGGAAUUUAUGUCCAAUGUUCAGAAUAUGUUACGAGAAACAAAAAUUGAAUACGCAGAUAAUGAACAAAUCGACAACAAUGCUGAAGAUAUUGAUGACUUGGAUCUUAAGUUAAAAAUCUCUAAGGGUUUAUUCUCAGAGACAUUACUUAUGGAAAUACGAGGCUACUGUAUAUCAGUUUCAUCAUUUAUAAAAAAAGAUAAAUGUAACAAACUCCAGAACCUAGAAAACAAAGUAGCUGAAAUUGAAGAUGACAUUAGAAAAGAUUAUCAAAGUAUAAAUGAAAAGACACUUUGAGACCUCUCAAGACUUAAAAAAGAAUUUGAAAAUAUGAAAGAAGAAGAAACCAGGGGACACCUUAUAAGAACACGUCUUAGGUUGUAUGAAGAAGGAGAAAACCUUCAAAUUAUUUUUGCAAUUUGGAGAAUAGAGAUUAUACAAAUAAACUAAUCAAUCAAGUGAUAAAUAGUAAUAACUGUAUAAUAAUUGAUGGAAAAAAAUGAACUCAGACACUAUAUGCAGAGUAAACUGAAACCGACCAUGAGAUGGCAGAAAACAUAUUAGAAACAAUAGAUACUCAGGAAAUGAAGGAAGAUUUAUUUGACAGACUUGAAGAGCCAAUUACACUUAAAGAAACUGCAACAGCCGUAAAAAGCAUGAACAAUAGUAAUAGCCCAUGAAUUGAUUGAUUUCCAGUAGAGUUUUUCAAAGGUUUUUUUUAAAGAUAUAGGAAAAUGGAUUUUUAGGUUUAUUUCAGAAGUCUUUGUUGAAGAAAAGCUAUCGGAUACUGUAAACAGAGGUCUUAUUACCUGCUUACCAAAAGCUAAUAAAGAUAGGCAAUACUUAAAAACUGGGCGCCAUAACUCGACAUUAAACAACCUUUAAUAUCGCCGCGCGAUGUAUCACUGAUAAUAUUAGAAACUUGUAUGACAUAAUAUAUGAGCUGAAAAAUGAGGAUAGACCAGGCUUGUUAAUUCCUU